CGGGCACUUCUCAGCAAAGGCCGUGCGCUUCCCGCGUCAAAGUUUGGGUCAUGACGCUUGCCAUUGCCGGCCCACCACCAGAACUUCUUUCCAGCCAUCCUCAGGCCGAUCACGCGCCAUAAUCUUUACUCAGGCUUGCCAGCCCACCCCAUGCAGGAGUUCUCAUGUUCCGUGCCUGUGGAGUGGAUCUAGGUGCGCUGCUGCGUGUUCGCUUGUCCGCAUGCAGUUUGGAAUGUGCAUGCUAAAUAAAGCCAGACUCAGCCCUCGCGAGGGGAGCGGCUGAGUACUACCAUCGUAUUUGUCUUGCACGGUGCACCUCCUCUUCCCCACUUGUCGUUGUGAGACGGACAAGCCUAUUACUUUGAUUCAUACUCUCGUUUCGCCAUUGAAAUCAUAUUGGAGGAUUGCCAUUUACAGCCAGGACAUAAUAAGAAGAAUCGCAGGUGGGGUAAUACUGAAGACAAUGGCUCUCGAAUCACCACAGCCGCUUUCUAGAAAGAAGUCACUAUUCCGGCGCUUCUCAAGACGAGAUCGAGGCGACGCUCCUCCGUCGCCUUUUCUAAUGAACGAAGGCCUUCGUUCAUAUUCGCCCAGUUUACAGUCACCCAAUCCACAAUCGCCGAGAAGGUUACAGCGCCGUCCUUCACAUGCACCGUCCUACCUCCUUACACCACCGCCGUCGCCCGCAAACAAGAGCACUGUCAUAGCCAUCGAUGCGUCGAAACCGCAACAACCCAAGAUGGUUGCACAUAUCCAACGCAUCGAGCUACCAUCAAAUCGACACGUCCGCAGCGAAUUCACACCCCCACCAUCUCCAGAACCGCGGCGACGCGUACUUCCAAGUGCUUUACCAACCAUGCCGUUUCCUGGCAAGCCCCUCAUAACCUCAUGGAAUAUCUUCCUCCCACCCUCGCAAAUAUACUCAUUAUAUCUUGGGUAUGCACCAAAGGACAUGGAUGAUAAGUGGUAUAUAUACAGCGAGGGUCCUGAUCAGACAGGAAAACUGAAAGUCCAUUUCCACCGAAGUUGGACUGGACUGAAGGUGGCAGAACUGUUCGUGGUCAUGGAUACAAAGGGCGAGGGCGCUGGAAAGAUUGUAGGAAUCAAGUGGAACGGGGAUGAAGAAAUGAACUGGAUGAGCGAAGAGGAGGCGAAAUACAUGAUACGGACGGCCUGUAGGUGGCAAUUAGCCGUGGAUUUGGAGAAGUGAGCCCUUACGAUACGUGACGAGGCCGAGGUCGCGUUCGCGUUCACCGGCAAUUCGUCUCUCUCUUUUCUUUUUCUAUUCUUGACACGCAUUAGCCCACGGGUUCCUUUCGAUCCGUACCGUGUGGCGUCCUAUGAAUCGAUGUCCCAGCCGCGUCUAAUCUGAUUUCUAUACCCAUUGCUGGUAUAGAAGCUUCUAAUAUCAAACUUUUCUUUUCUUUCCCCCCACUGGCGCGCGCUUUGUAUACGUCGGUAGUUCUAGCGUAAAACAUCACUGCUACAACUAUGUCCAUGAUGAUUACCAACGCUCAUGUAAAAGAAAAA